AGCGAGCGAAUCACAACUUCCACACAUGUGUGGAGGAGAGAGUCAGCCCCAUUACCCACAGUCUUACGGUACAUCGAGUUAAACUUGACAUCAGUAACUUUAGUUUAACCAAAUAACAGUCGAGUCUGAACAGGUAACGGUUGCGUCGUCAAGAUGGCGGAGAUCGUUCAGCAGCGGAUUGAGGAGAGAAUCCCCGAGCUGGAGCAGCUGGAGAGAGUGGGACUGUUCACCAAGAAAGAAGUCAAAUCCAUAAUCAAGAGAAUGACGGCCCUGGAAUACAAGCUCCACAGGUUGAUCGUAAACAAAGAGGACUUCAUUGCAUAUGUCCAGUAUGAAAUCAACAUUUUGGAGCUGAUCAAGAAGAGAAGAGCGCACAUACAUUACCAGUUCAAAAAGGAGGAGAUUGAGUUCCCCAUCAUCCACAGAAUAACUAGUGUCUUCAGAAGAGCCACAAAUAAGUGGAAGGAUGAUGUGCAGCUCUGGCUCUCACAUGUCGCUUUCUCUAAGAAAUGGGCCACCAAAGGCCAGAUCAGUAAGGUGUUCUCAGCCAUGCUUGCCAUACACCCUGACAAGCCAGCCCUGUGGAUCAUGGCAGCCAAGAGUGAGCUGGAGGACAGGGGUUCCUCUGAAAAUGCCCGUCUCCUGUUUCUGAGGGCGCUACGCUUCCAUCCAAACAACAAGAAAGUCUACCAGGAGUACUUCCGUAUGGAGCUGCUGCAUUGUGAGAAACUGAGGAAGCAGAAGGAAGAGCUGGAGAAAGCAGAGAUGGAUCUGGGGGAAUAUGAGUUUCCUCCAGAGAUCCUGAGUGCUAAACUGCCUGAGGUGGUGUACAGAGAUGCUACAGGGAAAAUCAAAGAAGCAGAGUUCGUCAUCUCACUUCUGAACGUAGCAGCUAUCUUUGACUUCACCAAAGAACUCCAGGACCUCAUCCUGCAAGACUUACAGGAGAACUACACAGAAGACAGCCUGACGUGGGAUUUCAUGGCUAAGAGGGAGAUGGAGGCUCCGGGGGCAGGGGAGGAGCUGCAGACAGCUAAAGGCCGGGCCUCCGAUAUCAACCGCAGGGAGGAGCGCUGCUGCCAGGUCUAUGAGGAGGGGGUCAAGAGCCUGAACACCGAGCCCAUGUGGACUUGCUACGUGGCCUUCUGCUUGGAAAGGCUGAAGAGGAAGACCAACGUCCAAGAGCUGAAGGAAAAGAGGCAGGAGAGGCUGCUGGGAGUGCUGCAGCGCGCCCACGACUCCUCGCUGCUGAAGGAGGAUUAUUAUAAGAACUGGUUGCAGAUCCUGCUCUCAUCUGGAGAUGCGGAGGGAGCGGCCCGCGUUGCCACGGCAGCCACGCAGCACUACAGCCAAUCGGUGUCAGUGUGGAGUCUGAGCCUGCAGACGCUGAUACAGCUGGGGAACGGAGAUGUGGGAAGGCUAUUCCAGGAAGCUCUCACACAUGUUAAUCCCAAGGAGAGUCUACCACUGUGGCGGCUGCAGGUCCAGUGGAGCGUAGCCAACCGGAGUCCUGAGGAGACGGAGGCUGUUUUUAAGAGAGGCCUGCUGUCUGCAGUGGCGGCUGUUGCCAUGGAGAUGAAAGAGAGCUACCUUGAUUGGUCGUACUCCACUGGAGGCUAUAAGAAAGCGAGGAGGACCUUUACAAGCUUACAGGAAAACCGUCCCCUGUCCAAGGCCUUUUUCACCAGAAUGAUCCAGAUCGAGAAGGAACAGGAGACUCCAAAGAUGAACAAUCUGAGAGACUACUAUGAGAGGGCCCUGCAGGAGUUCAGCACCUCAGACGAUGAUCUGUGGCUGCAGUACAUCCAGGAGGAGCUGGGACCUCUCGGACAGCCAGAGAACUGUGGCAAGAUCCACUGGAGAGCCAUGAAGUUUCUGGAGGGGGAGAGUGUGGAGAGGUUCACCUCCAAAUAUACUCUACUUCAGACCGGACACUUAUGAGCGGCCCUGAAGAGGUCCAGGUAGCUCAGAUCAGCCUGUAAGUUCAGCCAAUGUUCAGCAACUGUGUAGACGUUUAUCAGCUGGAGAGGCAGCGCGCGUCCUCGGAGCAGGCGUUCCUCCUGGUCCUGUUGGAGACCGCUGCUCUGUCCAUUCAUGAAUUGUUUCAUUGCCGUCAAAUGGAAAGCGAGUAUUGAAAUCUCUGAAGUUUGCUGUCCAUCAGGAAAAGGCCUGUUCUUCCACAGGUUCCAGCUGUGCUGAGGGGAGAAAUGUUCUUUGAGUUUGUGCUGCAUUUGAUAUCAGACUGACGUUGGGAACAUGUAAUGUUGAGAGGACGUCCAGUUGAACUGAAUUCCACUUUUAUUUGGCAUUUAUUUGAGUGGACAAAUACAAAUUCAAUGCUGUUCUUAUAGUAUUAAAGCAGACUUUCAUUGUU